AUGUCGUUUGGAGGAUACAACCCUGCCGGGUCCUCUGAGCUCCCCUUCAGCACACCCAGUGCAGGGAUGCGAUCCAGAGCCAGCAGUGUCUCCUCCGUCCACUCCAAUCACGGUGGUGGCUACCAACAAACCCAACAGCAGCAGCAACAACAAUCCAACAACAGUCCUUAUCAGAGUCCUUACUCGUCUAGACCGGGAACACCCGUGGUCGGUGGCGCCAGUGAAGGCUAUUUCAGUAACGGAGGAGGGUACGGUGCUGGUGGGUACGGAUCCGGUGCUUCGUCUCCAGCCUCUGGAUCGUCCUACAUGCCAACACCCCCGAUCCCCAACCAACAACGCCAACAACACUACGGAAAGGGCGGCAACAAUAACAGCAGCGGAUACGAAUCUCCGACGGCGGUGUCGAGUUCUAUCCCGACAUUCUACGGCCAUUCCAGGACUCACAGCAAUGCGUCCGAGACAUCGCUCAAUAUCGACACGGGCCUCAUGGGCGACGAUGGUGCAGGUGGCGGUGGCGGGCCUUAUUCACCCGGCCCGGCGUCGUCGCUCUCGUCCAGUGCUUCGUCCUCUCGUCGCGGGAGCUUUUCCGAUUCUGGGAAUGGGGGAGGGUUCUUUAAUCGAAAGUUCGGCAAGACCUUCCGUCCAGAGCCUCACCAGUCUCCUGAGGAUUACCCCAUGAACCGGUUGGAUGGCGACGAGACGAACGGUGACGAUGAUGAUCCUCAAGGUCGUCGCAAGAUGCGUGCUCGGAAAAGCAACCAGAAGGGUGGUGGUGGGAAGGUGGGAGUGAAAGACAUCUUUAACGACUGGGACUUAUUGUUGCCCAGUACAGACCCAUACGAGAACGACGAUGACUAUGACGAUCAGGAUCUGAACGAGGACGAGAGGCGCAAGAAGCGACAGCUGAGCAAGAAGGGGUGGGAGAGUGCCAAGGGACAGACUAUCCUUUUGACCAUCUUGGUCACCAUCGCUGUCUUUGUCAGGAUCUGGAAACUCGCCAUCCCAAGCGCUGUCGUAUUCGAUGAGCAGCACUUUGGAGGGUUCGCGGCAGAUUACCUACGGGGCGAAUUCUUCAUGGACAUCCACCCACCUCUGGGCAAAAUGCUCUUUGCCGCUGUUGCAUACAUGCUCGGCUUUGACGGCAACUUUGACUUUGUUCCCGGAAACCUGUACUCGAAGAAUGUCCCCUAUAUCGGCAUGCGCAUGUUUGCAGUAGCCUGUGGAGUAGGACUCAUUCCUAUCUCGUACCUGACCAUUAAGCGAUCCGGACAUUCGACCCAAGCUGCCAUGCUCUCUGCCGUCUUUGUCACCUUUGAGAACGCGAUGAUCACGCAGAGUCGAUUCAUCCUACUGGACGCGCCGAUGAUGCUGUUCAUGGGCUACACUAUGCUCGCCUGGAUCAACUUUUAUAACCACCGCAACCGCCCCUUCACUCGCGGCUGGUGGUUCUGGCUGAUCCAGACCGGAUUCAGUUUGUUCCUCUCCAGCAGUGUCAAGUGGGUCGGUCUGUUCACGAUUGCGACCAUUGGACUGUGUGUGCUCAAGUACUUGCAGGAGUCCAGGACUCACCUCUACAUCAGCACCAGGGAUAUUUCGAAGCAGUUUACUGCAUUGUUCUUGUGCUUGUUGAUCCUCCCAGCGACGCUCUACGUUGGACUAUAUGUCAUUGAUUUCAGACUACUUUCGAAUUCAGGUUCGGGCAAUGCGUGGGUCAGUCCUCAGUUCCAGAUGACCUUGAAGGGACACGACGUACUCCCCGUUAUGGCUGAUAUUGCAUGGGAUUCCAAGGUGCAUAUUCGACAUGCCAACACGAACGGCGGAUGGGUGCAUUCAAUGCCCGGAGAAUACACUCGGGAGACCUCCAAAGACCAAGCAGUCCAGUUAGUGGAAUGGGACGACGAUUUGACUUGUUGGCAGAUCUACCCCGCAGACCCCAAGCUGCGCCAACGCCAUAACCGACAUAAGCUGGACCGCAAAGUGAACCCCGAGGUCGAAUUUGAUGGCUACAUCUAUGACGGCGACGAGAUCCGUCUCCGCCAUUGUUAUUCCAAGGUUUCACUGGCCACCAACGAUAUCGAGUCUUUGGGAUCCAACAAGACUUAUUUGCGUGAGGUUAGGGGGAUCAAGUGGUUGAAGAAGCCGACGGAAGAGACUGUCUGGAGGCUUGAGUUGGUCGCGGAGGGGGUGGUCCCUGGAUUGGCGGAUGAUCAUGGUAUCCAGCCACCUGCUUCUGCUGUUACGAACACCGGGGCAACACCCAGGAUGGCGGAGAGGGAGAUGAAGGAUAGAUCUGCUGAGAGCGAUGCUGAUAUUUCCGUUGGACCCGACGGCAAGCCUAUUCCUCUUCCUAGAAAUCGCAGCAAGCAGUGGCACUCGAUCAAGGGAUUCCGACUCUACAACAAGAAACAACAAUGCUACUUGCAGUCACACAAAGUCUUCCGCGCGCCUUAUUCUACCUACCAGGAGGUCGGAUGUAUCCAGGGUGCUCGCCAAAAGGCUAACACCGUCUUUAUCAUCGACCAAAACGUCAACACCCACUUGCCCAAGUCGACACAAUCGCGCUCGUACCAACCCCUGUCCUUCUUCCAAAAGUUCCUGGAACUGAACCGCGUCAUGUGGUGGACCCACCACGACCUCAGCGCCCCAGUCCACGGUGACGACCCUGCCAAUGUCCAAAACCAGCAGAAACUCAUGAACGGUCUCCUGGUCGAGGGUGGUGCCUGGAGCUGGCCGCUUCUUAACAGGGGUAUGAGCUACUAUGAAGCCAAAGAGACCAACAACUAUGUCUUCUUUAUGGGCAACCCGCUCCUCUGGUGGGCGGCAACUGCUGCUGUGGGGGCCUAUAUGUUUAGUUGCUCCUGGAGCGUCGUCAAGUUCUUGAAGGGUAAACAAGAGACCAAAAUCGAGCGCGAUCGUUUCGGCAUUACACCGUUCUACUCAGUGGCAUCAGGAACAUUCUACGCCGGCUGGGCAAUCCACUACAUCCCCUUCUUCUUCAUGUCCCGCCAAGUCUCCCUCCACCACUACCUCCCCGCCCUCUACUUCUCCAUCCUCCUCCUCGUCUCCCGGCUCGACCGGACCCUCCAACGUUGGCCUGCCCGGAUCCGAUACAUGACCGGUAUCUUGCUCAUGGGGGCUGUCAUAUUUUCGUGGUUCCAGUUUGCGCCGCUUGCGUAUGGGACUGACUUUGGGACGAGGCGGUGUGAGAGUUUGAGGAUGUUGGGGAGGUGGAAGUUUUUGUGUCAAAGGUCGCAGUUACCCUGGGCAAGACCUGAUGGUGCGAUUGCGAGACGUGCUGUGGCCGAUGCUGUGGCCUUUGAGGAGGAUGAUGGAGAGAGUCAUUUUUAUGAUGGGGUGAAUGAGGGUGAGCAAGGAGGUAUGGAGGGCCUUGUUGAAGAACAGGACACUCCUUCCACUCCACCAGCGCCUCCAGUGAAGCAAGCGCCACCAGCAGCACCGGUAGUGGACGAAAAGGCAGCAGCCAAGCCAGCAGCCAAGCCAGCAGAUAAGGAGAGGCGAAUGGAGAAGGCCUCCUCGGCGUCUGAGGCGCGUGCCAAGGAAGUCCACGAGAAGAACCAACUUGUUGCGGAUAAGCAGGCGCUGGAGAUGAAGCAGCGUGAGUUGGAGGAACGGUUGGCUGCUCAGGAGGCUGAACUCGAGCGACAGCGUCAAAAACAACAGCAGCAACAACAACGACAACCGCCAGAGAUGUCGCGUGAAAUGUUGGAGGAGCAGCUUCGGAUACUUCAAGCUCAACUCCAAGCCAAGGAAGCCUAA